AUGAGCUGUGGUGAAUGCCAGGAACAGAAAAGGAGGAGAUAAAGGAGGGUGUGGAAAACAAAGUGAAAAAGAAAUAAAAGAGAGCGAGAAAAGGGAGUGCUACAGCAGAAUCCAUCUCUUUCAGUUUACCAACUUAUAUGCAGCCAUGUCUGUACCAGCUAUGGAUUCUUUUAAGACUGUCCUAAGGUUCCUUACGAAUCAGAAGAGCACUAUUGGCUACAGCUUCAUGGCUAUUUUGACAAUAGGUAGUGAAAGAAUCUUCUCCAUGGUGUCUUUUCAGUGUCCGUGCAACCGAGAACAGAAUUUUGCCUAUGGAUUAACUUUCCUGCUCGGCCCUGCUGUCGUUUUGUUGGCGAUUGGUCUCUUUGUUAGUACACGUCUUUGGCGGCUAUAUACUGGGUGUUGUCUUAACCCUCUCAAACUAUGCCCUAGGGGUAACUUUGUGGGAUGCUUGUCAGUGUUUGUAAAAGUGCUAUCUGGAGCCUGCAUUGCCCCUAUUAUGUGGCUUACUGUAGCACUGUUAAAUGGAACUUUUUAUGAGUGUGCUAUCAGUGGCCUGGAUGAAAAUGCGGUGGUGAAAAUUUUCUGCCAAAACAAGACACCCGCGUGCCGGGAAGAACUGCACCGAGUGCCCUGCAUUAAGUCCCUGUUGCCUUCAAAUGAAAAUACGGAACUGCUGUUGAUGUUGCGAGCCCAGUCACAGAUACUCGGCUGGUCCAUUGUUAUCAUAUCAGCAAUAGUAGCGCUGAUCGGGACUUGCUUUAAGAACUGCCGCUCUCAAGUUAGCUACCUUCAGUUAACUUUCCAGAAAAUCUACAUGGAGAAGGAAAGGGAAAAAUUUGAGAGUUUUGCAGAAGACUAUGCCACCAAACUAGCAGAGAGAAACCUCAAGAGUUUCUUUGACAACAAAUGUCCUGAACCAUUUCCCUUCCCAAAUCACAAGGCCUGGGAGGAGAUCUCUGCUGUAUACACAUUUAGACAAAGCGAACAAUACUACAGCACGCUGCAGAGAUAUGUGGAGCGCACAGAUCGGGACUACAGCCCUGAGAAGCGUCCUGUUCUAGAGGGGGAAGACGGCAUAGAGAUGGCUUAGAAGCACAAAGCUGCAUGAACUGGUUACUGAAAAGCCUAGAAUAUGAUCUUGAAGAUGAAAAACUACUGUGAAUCUAGGCAGAAUUAGAUUUUUGUUUGGUAGCUACAACCUGUAUUGAAAAUAAACUAACUGGAAGGUUUUUUGGAAGGUUUGAGUUGUCCACUGAGGAUGUGGUCAUGGCGCAAUUCAAAUUGCAAAUGUUUUGUAAUGAUCAAACUCAGGUCUCAGGCCAUAGAGAUACUGGCAGAUUUUAGUGUCUGUGGUGUUUUCAGUAACAACAUCCAGUUUGCAUAUUGUUUGAAUGUUGCAUUUCAGGUUUUACAAAGUCAAAGAAAGGGGGGAAAACACAAUUCUCAGGGCAUUUGUCAUAGGCCCUCUGUGAAUCAAGAGCUCUCUUAUGCCUCUCGAUAAUCUUUUUCACCAAAUCAUUAUAAGGCAGUGUGUUUGAUUUAAUGCAUGGCAACCUCUUGUAUAUGUAGUAUUGAUAUUUAAUUUUCCAGUUGAACAAUACUGAUUAAAAUGUACAAUGAUAUCAUUGUACUGCCUGCCAUCCAACAACAUGUAAACCACAAUGCUUAUUUCCUCUGCUGGUUUUAAGUAGACAUUUUGACAAACAGGAAACCACAUUUAGAGUCCCCGACACACAUUUCUUUAGUCAUUUUAACCCACAUAUCAUCUCCGAAGAGGCACCCUUUGAUCAAAACAAGUUUCUGUUAGCACAGCUUUUGCGAAAAGCAUAAACCAUUUACUCUACGAAAAGCAUAAAGGACCAUUUACUAUAGAAUAUCAAAAUUAUUAGACACGGUAAGGUGGUAGUUUCUGGCAUGUUUGUGGUGUUUAUUUCCUGUACUGUUGUGAAAGAGAAGUACAUAUACUCAGUUUAAUAGUCAAUGGGCUACAAAAAACAAUUUGGCAAAAAUAAUAAUAACAACAACAUUAACUUAAUGUGUUAUUCAAUGUAUGGUUACUGUAUGGUAUGAGAGUUACUGCUUAGAAGUAACAAAACAUAGCCUAAUAACUAAUGACAUUAAAAUGGAAGUUGAGUCAGAGUCAUAGCCCUGCACAGUCCUAAAAAAAAAAAAAAAAAAAACUGAAAA